CUCUCAUUACCCACCAAGAAUAUUUGGAUUAAAUUGAAACAGCUUCCGAUUCCCUCACAAUUUUUAACUCAUUUUCUUCGUUGCUUCAUAUUCCUCUUUCCUUUUCUUCAAUUUUCUCAUCUCUCCUUCUUCCUUCUCCUAAUCGCUACUGCAACAGGAUCACGGAUAAGUUUCCAGGAUUCCUCUCAUCUGUUUCGGAAGAAUGUCUCGUGUUCGGAAUUUCAGCUCUCAUGGAGGAAUGGCUAAUGAUGAUUACUGGAUCACCAUGAAUCGAUAUGAUGUCAGAAACCCCCGUCAGAUGGCAAGUAGGAGCAAUUAUUAUGAUUAUGGCUAUAGCAACCAUUUUGAAUUCUCAGGACAGUAUAAAGAGCCGGUUGAUAGGUCUAUUUAUGCGAGGCCUGAUAUCUCAAACUACAUCAGGCCUCAUAACUCUCAGUCCUUUAAAAGGAGGAAGUUUUCUGCUUCACGUUGGGAGGAUAGUGGGAGGUACCAUUGGCAGGCGCGGACAUAUGAUCAUGGACCUUCAAUCUAUAGCAAUUUGGUCCAUCCUCCUCCAAGAUCCAACAAUGAUGUCUCUACAUCUGCCAGCUGUAAAAGAGAUCGCUCAAUAAUGGAAGAUGAUGAGCCUUCUUUCAUGUCCAGGGAUGAGAUUGAGAGAUGUUCACCUUCAAGAAAAGAUGGUAUUGACACGCUACGUGAAACACAUCUGCGGUACACAUAUUGUGCCUUCCUUCAGAGUCUUGGUUUGCACCUUGAGUUACCCCAGACUACCAUUGGCACUGCAAUGGUUCUAUGCCAUCGGUUUUUUGUUCGAAGAUCACAUGCUUGUCAUGAUAGAUUUUUGAUUGCCACUUCUGCACUCUUCCUUGCUGCAAAAUCCGAGGAGACACCACGACCUUUGAACAAUGUCUUGCGAGCUUCAUCUGAAAUUCUGCACAAACAGGAUUUUAAUCUCUUGUCUUACAAGCUUCCUGUUGAUUGGUUUGAACAAUAUCGUGAAAGAGUAACAGAAGCUGAGCAAUUGAUACUGACUACUCUAAACUUUGAACUCAACGUUCAACAUCCCUAUGCUCCUCUUAUGUCUGUUCUUAAUAAGAUAGGUCUUUCACAGUCCAUGUUGGUGAAUCUUGCACUGAACUUGAUCAGUGAAGGUCUAUUUAGCAAGCAUGUCCUUGCAAUUGUGAAAAGUAGGUCAAUGAUGUAACAUUAAGAAUUAGAUUUGGGAUAUGUGGGUGCAAGAACCUCAAUGGAAUGACAAAUUUCUUGAAUUUUGGCGUUCAUUGUGGCACAAAAGAGGAUGAUGCACUGGUGAUCUUCUUUCCCCUCUAGGGAUCAAAAUGGUGUGUUACUUGUGUCAAUUAUUUUUUUGUUAGAACAAGCUACACUUGCACAUUUAUCCUACUGUGGAUUAUUGAUUCUUCUGGCGUGCAUAUAAUUUGCAGGAUCUAUGCUAGCAUGCUCGCCUAUUUGAUAUACUUAUCUGGCGGAUUGAUAUGCUGUUCUUCGAAACUUAUGUUUUACAAGUGAAGUAAAUUUAACCAUGAAUAAGCCCCAUCGACUUGGUACUUGGUGCUAAUGAUUGCCAAUGAGCCUACUGGAUCACUUUCUAUCCUUUCUUAACAAGAAUAUAUAGUUUUCCUCCUCUCCCUGGAGCGUGCUCUCUAGGCCGCCAUUAAUUUGCCUUACCUUGAAAGAAAUGGAGUCAUUUCCUUAUGAACUUUUUGACUCAGAAAGGCCUUUGUGUGGAAUUGAAUCUGCUAUCCAUUACCUUUAUAACCUAGAGAACUGCUGCCAAUGAUUUUUGCUUUGUUCUUAUUUCCCAAUGACGGAUGGUCGAGUCUGGUAGAAAAUUUUUUCUGAUCAACCUCUUUGGAUGAACAUCUAUCUAGCACAGAAUAAGUCACAAUAUGGAUUUAGAUCUAUUAUAAAAAAAAAUUGGUCUUUCUUUUCAAGAUUCAAGUGGUCCAUAUGACUCAAAUAUCAUGUCUAGUCACCAGGUUCUUGAUGUUCCAUUAGCAUGCAUACAAGUAAGCAGCCCUUCAGUUGAAAACUUAAAUUUGGGCCUACGUAUGUUUGUAAGUUGUUUAUUUUCUGAUUGCUGUCUAUGCUUGGUGAAUUAUCAUUUGGUAUUUUCUGUUAAUCAUUUUGAGUCGGGGAGGGUUGAACUUAAAAUGUGGCGUUACUAUAACUGGUUCAGGAUUGGCUGAUUCAGACAGGGAUAUGGGUUAUCUUGAUAGGCACGGAAAGUAAAUUGUGGAAGAUCAUCAAAAAAUUAAAAUAAAAUGAUUUUGGGUCUCCCCCUCCCACGGAGAGAAUAUAAAAUGCAUGCAAUUCUUAUAUAGGCGGCCAGCAGGUUCUUUUCAAUUACUUUGUAUGCCUCAUUUUCCCUUUUAUCCCAUCCUUGAUUGACAGAUAUGUAACUGAAACCUUUUGAACUUUAUUUUUUUGAAGAUGAUGUUUUUUUUUUCUGUCGUUUGUGUUUUGUUUCCAUCACAGUAAAACCUUAAGUUUUGUUGUUUCACACAAAUGAUGUAAUACAAUUAUCUUGGAAUGGUUUGCUUUUGAAAUUUAUUUGCUGAUCUGUAAAAUUUUUAUGGGUUUUUUUUUCUCCCUCUUCUCGUAGAAGUUCCAUUCAUUGCACUUUCACAUCUUCUUUUUUGGUGUAAUCUUGCUCCUGCUUUCGGUCAUUCAUCUUUUAAAAUCAUGUAAAUAUCUACCUCUCUUAGCAAUUUUGGAAUGUUUAAGAAACCAUGGUUUUUUAAACUCUGUUAACAAUCAUCAUGUUGAUGGACUUUCAACUUAUCUGUCUUUUUUUUUUUUUUUUUUUUUUUUUUUUUUUUUUUUUUU